UCAAAUCAACUUGAAGCAAGCAAUGCAGAUGGCUGGCAAUUUCUUGACUCUUUGACCAACUGCAGCCAGUUGCAAAUGCUUUUCAUAGGUGUGAAUCAGCUAGGAGGCACUCUUCCUACCUCCAUAACCAACCUUUCUAUCACAAUUCAAAGGAUCCGGAUCGGAUUCAACCCAAUAACAGGCACUAUACCUUCUGGAAUACAGAACCUAAUCAAUCUGAACAUUAUGGAUACAGCAUCCUGCAAUCUUGGAGGUUCCAUUCCAGAGGGAAUUGGCAAACUUGCAAAUUUGCAGUUGUUUGACUUGUCUAGCAAUCAUUUUACAGGAAAAAUCCCAUCAUCCAUUGGCAACCUGACCCAAUUGAAUACUUUGUAUUUGUUUGAUAAUGAAUUUCUAGGCCAGCUACCUGCAAGCCUUGGCAACCUCCGGCAGCUAGCAAUCAUGGAUCUUUCCAACAAUAGUUUCAGUGGAAGCAUACCAAAAGAAGUUGUCAGUCUUCCCUACAUUUCUCAAUAUAUUGAUCUGUCUAAUAACCUAUUGGAAGGAUCUCUUCCUUCUGAGGUUGGUACGAUGAAGAACCUUAGGCAGCUCUCCAUCUCCAGAAACAAGCUGUCUGGGGAAAUCCCUGUUGCACUUGGUCAAUGUGAGAUCAUGGAAGAGCUAGCAUUGGACAACAACUUACUCGAAGGAGCCAUUCCUCAAACUCUAAGCAACAUGAAAGGCAUUCAAAAACUAGAUCUCUCACACAAUAAUUUGUCAGGUGUCAUUCCCCCAUCCUUCAGUGACCUGAGAGUCCUCCAGGAGUUGGAUCUUUCUCACAAUAAUUUAUCAGGGUCCAUCCCAGAGUCAAUACAAAACCUGAAUUCUCUGUUCUACUUGAACCUAUCCUAUAACCAACUGCAAGGAAAGGUACCUGUAAAAGGAGUAUUUGCAAAUUUCACUGCUAUUUCAAUAACUGGAAAUGAAGGACUCUGUGGAGGCAUUUCGCAAAUUCACUUGAAUGCUUGCCCAUUGGUGACAACUAAGAAGAGAAAAGGUUGGCCUCUUUGGCUAAAGAUCAUCAUCCCAAUUGCUGGUGCUCUACUGUUGUGUGUUAUCUUGCUAGCCAUAUGGGCUUUUGUUCAUCGGAAACAAAGGGAAAGAAAGAAAACACCAGAGCUGUCUUCAUUAGAAGAGGAACGAUAUCCUAGAUUUACAUAUGCAGAACUGGCCAAAGCAACAGAAGGCUUCGCUUCAGACAAUCUAAUUGGUAGUGGAAGAUAUGGUUCUGUGUACAAAGGGAGUCUUGAUAAUGGCCAAACAAUUGUGGCGGUGAAAGUUUUCAAACUUCAAGAAAUAGGGGCUUCAAAGAGUUUCUUAACUGAAUGUGAAGCAGUGAGGAGCAUCCGGCAUCGCAACCUUGUCAAGAUCAUUACUUCAUGCUCAAGUGUUGAUCACCAAGGCAGAGAUUUCAAAGCUCUAGUCUUUGAAUACAUGCCUAAUGGGAAUUUAGAGACAUGGCUACACCCUGAAGAUGAUGGGCAUCAACAACUGAAACAACUGAGCCUUAUUCAGAGAUUAAAUAUAGCUAUCAAUAUUGCUGAUGCAUUGGAUUAUCUUCACCACAGCUGCCAGCCACCAAUGGUUCAUUGUGAUCUGAAGCCUAGCAAUGUCCUCCUUGACAAAGACAUGAAUGCUCAUGUUGGUGACUUUGGGCUGGCGAAGUUCCUAUCUGAAACAAUGAGCCAAUCUUUGCAUGAUUCAAAUAGCACCAUUGGCAUUAAAGGAACUGUUGGAUAUGUGGCUCCAGAAUAUGGUGCAGGAAGUCAGGUGUCCACUUCUGGGGAUAUUUAUAGCUAUGGUAUCAUUCUUCUGGAAAUGUUCACAGGAAAAAGACCAACUAAUGACAUGUUCAAGGAGGGUCUGAGCAUUCGUGAGUUUGCUGGCAAAGGAUCAACUUCAGAGCAUGCCAUGGAAAUCUUAGAUGAAAUAAUGUUCUUAGAAGGGAAGGACAAUGCAAACAAGAAUGAGAUAAUGUGGAUCAAAGAGUGCUUGGAUUCAGUAUUAGAGGUUGGGCUUUCAUGCUCCAAUCCAUCACCAAGAGAGAGAAUGAGAAUCAAUGAUGCUGUGACCAAGUUGCAUGUAAUCCGGAAUGAAUACAUUGGUGCUAAGAGGCAAAGCGAAAUACAUGAUGAAUCUAAACGAAAGGGUGAACGCUAGAAUGAAUUUCAUGUUAGCCUGAUCAUGCUUUUGUGCGUUACCUGUCUUGUUUAUCAUAACUUCACAGAGAACUACUUUCAUGAUCUCGCACUAUUUCAUGGCUUCAAAAGUGCUGAAGACUCUGUGAUUGUCGUAUCUUUGUAGGAUCUGUUUGUUGGCUCUGUUUUUAUGGCUCUGUAUUGUAGAAUUUCCUCAAGUGUUGUUUUAUACUCCAUGUGUCUUUGAUUAUUAUUAUA